AUGUUCUUUGCUGACUACAAAUACCCAGUUGCGAAUGGCCUCUGUCCUCAGCUUGUGGCAAUAGAUCUGCCAGGCUACAACCCGUUCCCAAGAUUGUUACCCAUGGGAUUCUGCAGCCCCGUCCUGCAAUACACGAUGAUCACUGCUGCGGCUCUACAUAUGUCGAACGUUCUAAGGCCAGAUACUGACAAGUCGCCCACCACAUCGAAUCAAGUCGGUAACUGGGAUCCAUCUCGAAGAGCUAUGCUUGAUGCAUUGGCGGCUAAACAAAAGGCACUUUACCUUUUACGCAUGGCUUUCCAGGACCUGGAUACCCAUAGACGUGAUAUGGUGUUGACAGCUGCUAUGCUUCUUGUAACCGCUGAUAUGAUCGAUUCAGGGAAACAUGGCUCCAAGGCACAUCUGGACGGAAUUGGCUGGUUGCUCAGCUAUGCUCAGCCGGCCACUAGCGUGGGCGAGAUGCUCAAGGACUUUGUCAUAUCAGAUUGUUAUAUCUUUUAUGUAUUCGCCUUGACAUUCAUGGACCAGAUUCCACAGUCCUCUCUUGCUCUCAACACGACGAUCGCCUCAUCUGCUAUCCACUAUGCCGCCCGGAACAGUUUUAUUUGCUGUCCUGCUGAAAUCCUCCAGAUUCUGUGGUCCACUGCGAUAAUCUUGCAAAGGCAGCCAGCCAACAGCGAUGAUGUAGAUGGAACGGCUGCGAGAGGCGUUGAACUAUUUAUGGAAGCCAUGACAUUCAACGUCGAAACGUGGUCUCGGGAUAUUCAGCAAGUUCCUCUCGGUCGUCAGGUAACAGAUAUCUCAAGCCGGAUACACACGGGAUAUACACAUCAGAUGGCAUGCUGUCUAUAUAUCAUGUACGCCAUUCCUUCUGUCAGGAGAUUCUUAGCGGAAAAUACGGAGCGGAAUCUCGAGCACGGUCUGAUCUUCCAUCUCCGCCAUAUCACUGACGAGGACCCCAACUUCAAGACAUCCUUUUGGCCAACUUUCAUUGCUGGAGCUCAAACGAGUGAUUGCGAUCGGCAAGCGUGGAUAAUGGAUAGAAUGAAAAGACAGUCACGUCUGUUUCCAUGGGGCUUUUUGUAUACGGCAAUGGAAACACUUGAGCUUAUCUGGAGACAGCGGGCCAAUGCUCCCGAUGGGCUGAAUUGGCUAGAGAUUCUGAGAAGUCCUGAAGUAAGCUUUCUGAUUGUGUAG